GUUCCUAUCACCAAACUGUCAACAUGAAUGAGCUGUCGUUGAUCCGAAAAAGAUAAUAAAAACGAAAAGAAUUUACUAUCAGUGGGAGUGUUUCCGUAUUUUUGUGCAAAUUUAAAAGAUUUUCAUCAGCUCAACAGAAUGGCCGCAACGCUCAAACCUUAUCUGACGGCAGUCCGACACACCCUGACUGCGGCGAUGUGCUUGACCAACUUUUCCUCCCAGGUCGUCGAACGGCACAACAAACCUGAGGUGGAGGUCCGUUCCAGCAAAGAGCUGCUCCUGACGCCGGUGGUCAUUUCGCGAAACGAAAAGGAACGGGUACUGAUCGAAACCAGCGUCAACUCCGUUCGGAUUAGCAUCGCCGUCAAGCAGGCGGACGAGAUCGAGAAGAUCCUCUGCCAUAAGUUUACCCGGUUCAUGAUGAUGCGGGCUGAGAACUUCAUAAUUUUGCGGCGGAAACCGAUUGAGGGAUACGACAUCAGCUUCCUGAUCACCAACUUUCACACCGAGCAGAUGUACAAACACAAACUGGUGGACUUUGUGAUCCACUUCAUGGAGGAAAUCGACAAGGAGAUCAGCGAGAUGAAACUGGCGGUCAAUGCGCGGGCUCGUAUCUGCUCGGAGGAGUUUUUGAAGCGGUUCUAAGAGCGCUCUGGUGCGUGUGGGGAUGCAUUUACUAUUGAUCGAAUAAUGGCAAUUGUGUAAUUCGUUUUCUGUUGGAAUUUAUUUUCGUUAUGGAAGGUAAGUUAUUCUACGACUUGAAA